UUGACGCCACGGGGGCGCUACUCCAUCGAACUGUACGACUACUUCUUGCGACUGCGCGGGCAAAAGUACGACUACAAAAUCAAGUACGACGACAUUAACCGCCUCUUUCUGUUGCCCAAACCGGACGAAGUGCACAUGGCCUUUGUCAUUGCCUUGGACAAGCCUAUUCGGCAAGGUCAACAGCGUUACCAGUAUCUGGUGCUGCAAGCAACCAAGGAACCCGACGAGGUUACGGUCAAUCUCGACGAGGAGACGCUAAAGAACGAGUACGGUGGCGAACUUCAACCCGUCAUGCGGGGCUCGCUUUCCAACCUCGUGGCCAAAACCUUCAAAGUUAUUGCCAAAAAGAAAGUCUUUAUUCCGGGAAAAUUCUCUAACGCAGCCCAACAAGCCUGCGUAAAGUGCGCGGUCCGCGCGAACGAGGGACUGCUCUAUCCGCUGGAAAAACAGUUCGUCUUUAUUCACAAGCCGCCCAUUCUG